AUGCAGGCACGUGCAGCAGCUGCUGGCCUAUCCAGUGCUCUAUCCCCAGCCCCUCGCUGCCUGGGGCCCAGGCGGGGCUGCCAGCAUGCACCAGCAGCGGCGGGGGUGCCAGGUGCAGCGCCCUCGCGCAGCGGCAGCAGCAGCAGCAGCCUGGGCAGCAGCGGCGGCGGCAGCCGGCGGCGGCGGCAGUGGCGGCGCACCGCCGCCGAGGGCGGCGCGCCCCCGGCCGCCGCCGCGGUGGCCAGCCAGGCCGAGGCCGCCGCUGGCGAAGCCGCUCCCGCAGCAGACAGCAAGGCGGUGCCGCGGGCCGACGUGUGGGAGCUUGACUUUUGCAGCCGCCCCAUCCUGGAUGAGCGCGGCAAGAAGGUGUGGGAGCUCAUCAUCUGCGACCCGCAGCGCACCUUUGAGUACGCACAGUUCAUCCCCAACAACAAGAUCAACAGCAGCGAGCUGAAGAGGGCCCUGGAGGCGAUCCUGGCGCAGCCGGGCGCGGUGCGGCCCACCACCGCCCGCUUCUUCCGCGGGCAGAUGCAGACCAUCAUCAGCCGCGCCCUGUCCGACCUGGGCAUCACCCCCAUGCCCUCCCGCCGCUGCUUCACCCUCAUGAACUGGCUGGAGGACCGCAUGGGCAGCGUGUACGAGGCGCACCCAGGGUAUAACGAGAAGGCCUCCACUCUGUUCACUGUGGAGAUGGGCGCACCGGAGGAUCUGCCCGACGCGCUGCGCGGCGAGAAGUGGUCGUUUGUGCAGCUGCCGCUGGCCACGCUGCAGCAGGAGCUGGAGGCCGUGGCCGCGGGCAAGGCGUUUGGCGCGACGCUGGACCUGGGCGCGAUGCGCCAGCAGCUGGCGCCAGACACGCUGGUUCCGGGCGUGGCUGUGUACAGCCGCCGCGCCGACCCGCUGGCUGCCUGGACCAACGGCCUGGACCUGUCUGCGGUGGUGGCCGACACCGACCGCGCCUUCCUCAUACUGGAGACAGGGUUCAACCAGCGCUGGAGGUACGGAGCGUACCGGCGCACCCUGGAGACCACCGCCGAGGCGCAGGCCUGGGAGGAGGCGAAGCAGGCCGUGGGCGGCCUGCACUUCCUGGUGGUGAUGUCGGAUGAGGAGGCCGAGAACUCCAGCGGCCUCUGGCUCCUGCUCGACCGCAAGCCGCCCAACGUGUGAGCCGGGCCGGCGGCAGCCCCACGGACGGCGGAUGCCUGCUCCCAGCCUGCCAGUACAACAGAUUCUUUGCAGCGCCUCUCGACCAACAGCAGCCACCCGUGUGCGUGUGUGUGACACCACUCGCC